GGGGGACUUCUCUCUUCCAGUAUUCAAUAAAAAGCUUGGACGAGCAGCGUUACCUGUCCACUUCUCUCGACCAUCAGAGCUGCAGCAGCGCUCCGACAACACAACAGCCAUGAAUAAGGAGGAAGGCGCGGAGUUAAAAACUAUCCUAAAGCGCAACAAACGCGUGGGCCUGCUGCUGAACGAUGAGAGCGGCACCGCCACCCAGAGCAGCUCCAUCGGGGCAGUUCGCUGGAAGUUACCCGAGGAGAGCGUCCAGCCCCACAGUUCGGCCCCCACCGUUCACGCUAACCACAAGAGCUCACCGCAACACGUUCGCCAGGGCAACUUGAAGGACCUGCGCAGCCUGGAGGAGUGUGUCCAGUUUAUUAAUCACUGGAAGGAGCAAGUGGACCAAGUGUGCAAGCACGGUGGCACCGACCCAGGGGAGGGAACCAGCAAGGCGGAGGCCCAGAAAUCCGACCGGCGCGCCGAGCGCAGCCUGGAGGAGAGCAGGAAGCUGAUCCUGGAGUGGGCCGACGAGCUCCGCCAUGUUGACAAGCUUCUAAAGGAGACCCCAUGGACACCCGUCAAUGAAAAGAAAGAAACUAAAGAGGAGCCCAAAGAGGAGGGACAAAUGCUGAUCAUGGAGUGGGCAAAGGAGCUGCAGAAAGCGACCGAGAGCUGCGGCGUGCCGAGCGAGGAGCUGGGCAAAGUGCUGCGCCUGCUGGGCAUCAAGAAGAAACGACUUUACAAGCUGCUGCCUCUGCUGGAGUUCAUCACCUGGUCUCUGCUCAAGGAAGACAACACGGCAAUGGUUUCCCAGAUCUGGUUGCUGGCGAAGCAAAGGACCUGGAAAGCAGGAAUACCCAGAUACAUCCCAAACUCAGUCUGGAGCUGGAUCUGCAGCGCAGCAGCCGACGUGAUUCUCGACCCCAUGACCAACCACCCCUGGCUGCAGCUGUCAGACGACCAGCGCAGGGUGCAGGAGGGCCUCUCGGAGUCGGACCCCCCAGAGAGCUCCCAGCGAUUCGACAGCCUGCCCUGCGUGCUGGGCUGGGAGGGCUACAGCAGCGGCCGCCACUACUGGGAGGUGGACAUCGCCAACAACGGCUACUGGCGGGUCGGCCUGACCACCGCCAACUCCGAGCGGAAGGGCAACUUCCCCAUGACCCCCAAGAAGGGCUACUGGAUCCUGUGGAGAAGCACCCACAACUUCUACGCCUGCAGCAAGCCGGAGACGCAGCUGCCCGCCGCCCUCAUCCCGCGGCGCCUCGGGGUUUACUUAGACUACGAGGAAGGCCAGAUCUCCUUCUACAACGCCAACACCAGGUCCCACAUCUACACCUUCACAGGGAGCUUCAGGGGCAAGCUGUACCCUCUGUUUGCACCCUUGGACGGCCGCACGCUCAUGACUGUCAUCAAGCCGCACAAAAUCUCUGGAGGCAGCGGAGAACCAAAGAAGAAGGAGUUUGUGAAAAGUCCCAAGAUGAUUAGAAAGGUGGAGUCGGACGUUGGCACCCAGCUUUAAGAAAAACCCAACAAACUCAGUCAAAAGUACUUAUCUGUCAUAUGUUUCUUAUGUCCGACUUCACUCGAACGCAGCACGAGAUCACCCUGUUAGUACAGGAGAGAUUCGGUCGUCUAUCCAGUUAACACAGGUACCUUCAGUACCUCCAGGCAAAUGUUUGGUCUGUUUAACGUAGAAAUGCAGAAAUACCAUUAAACAAAAUGUUGUAUGA